AUGGGCGCCCCCGACGUGGACGAAGACGCGCUCGCGCGAAGGAUCGGUGCGCUGUACGAACAGUGGCGCGCGCAUCCGGAGACGUUCGGUGACGCCGAACACGUCGUGAUCGGGACCGGGGCGAAUCGCGAGGAAGAUUUGCGAUACCUCAAGGGCGUGGCGUUGGAGGUGUGGUUGUUCGCGUACGAACUCCCGGACACGAUGCUCGCGCUGACGCGAGGUGGGAAGAUGCGGUGCGUCGCGGGUGGGAAGAAGGCGGCGUUGGUGGAGGGGGCGAGGGAGGUGUUGCGGACGUCGCGCGGGAUCGAGCUGGAGGUGACGACGCGGGCGAAGGGCGCGACGGGAGAGGCGGAGGCGAGAGCGAUCGCCGAUGCCCUCGUCGCGGAGGGCGGUGGUGUGGCGAUGGUGUUGAAGGAGAAGAAUGAGGGGGUGAUGAUGACGACGAUGGUGAAGGCGCUGGAGGAGAAGGGGGUGGAGAUUAAGGAUUGCUCGCACGGCUUGGCGGCGUGCAUGGCGAGCAAGGAUGAGAAGGAGGUCGGGUUCGUGAAGAAGGCGGUGACGCUGACGAGCAAGGCGUUGGCGUUCGCGGUGAAGGAGAUGGAGGGGACGAUCGAGGACGAGAAAAAGAUGACGCACGCCAAGUUGAGCGAGAUGACGGAGGACGCGAUCAUCGACCCGUCGAGGCUCGGUUUGAAAUUUCCUCCCGAGGAUGUGGACAUCUGUUACCCACCAAUCUUCCAAUCUGGCGGUGAGUACGACUUGAAAUACAGCGCCGAAAGUAAGGCGACGAAGUUGCACUACGCUCCAGCGCCGGCGGUGGUGCACAUGUCCGUUGGGGCUCGGUACACGCAGUACUGCGCAAACGUCGGUCGCACGUACAUGGUCGACCCGACGGCGGAGCAAGAGGCGGUGUACGCCGCGGUUCUCGCCGCGCAAGAGGCUGGCAUCGCCGCGCUCGUCGAUGGGGCCACAUGUUCUUCCGUGUACGAGGCCGUGCGCUCGUCCCUGGCGAGCGCUGAGGGGUGCGACGGAGAAUCUUUGGCGUCCAAGCUCAACAAGAAUGUGGGCACCGCCAUGGGACUCGAAUUCCGCGACACCGCGUUCGUGCUGAACGCCAAGUGCGAGAACAAGAUCUCGAGCGGGAUGCUCUUCAACGUUGCCGUGGGUAUUCAAGGCUUGACGGAGCCGAGCGCCAAGGAAGGGAGCAAGAGCGCGACGUACGCCGUCAUGAUCGCCGACUCGGUGCUCGUCGGCGCCGCCGGGGAAGCACCCGCCGUCCUCACCACCAACGCCAAGGGCGUCAAGGAAAUCUCUUACGUCACGAACGACGAUGAGUCUGAAGAAGAAGAGAACGCCGACGAGGUGAUCGUCAAGGAGGGCGGGGUCAUUCUCGACGCGAAGACUCGUGGGGCGCCAACCUCUGCCGAGGAUCGCGAGCGCCGCCAGCGCGCGUUGGCGGAUAAGAAGAACGCCGAAACGUACAAGAGAUUGACUCAAGCGGGCGAAGAUGAGGUGCAGAACGCCGCGGCGGGCUCCUCCUCUGAGUUUGUCUCGUACAAGGCCGUUCGUGAUGUCCCGACACCGCGACACCAAGAGCUCGUGCUCGCCGUCGAUCAAGAACGCGAGACGGUUCUCGUGCCCAUCUAUGGGCAGCUCGUGCCGUUCCACAUCAUGUCCGUCAAGUCUGCGUCGGUGAGCCAAGACGCCGGCGCAUCGUUCAUCCGAAUCAACUUUCAGCAUCCCACUGGUGGCGCCGCGGCGUCUCAAAAAUACGCGGCGGCGGUUCGCUUCCCGAACUCCAUCUUCUUGAAGGAGGUGAGCUUCCGAAGCACGGACGCUCGUCACGCCAACCACGUCGUGCAAGAAAUCUCCGCGUUGCGUCGUAUGAUCAUCGCACGAGAAACUGAGCGCGCGCAACGAGCUGACUUGGUUCGCCAGGAGCGUCUUGUUCUCUCCUCUGGGCGCGUCCACCGCUUGACGGGGUUAUGGUUGUUGCCGACGUUUGGCGGUCGAGGCGGUCGUCGCGCGGGAACCUUGGAAGCGCACACGAACGGUCUGCGGUACCAAGGUGCCAAGAUGGACGAGCAGGUCGACAUCAUGUACGAAAACAUUCGCUUCGCGUUCUUCCAACCUGCGAAGAAGGAAAUCAAAACCUUGCUUCACUUCCACCUGAAGAACCCGAUCAUGGUUGGCAAGAAGAAGACGCAAGACGUGCAGUUCUACCAGGAAGUCAUGGAGGCCGUCCAAAACUUAGAUGGUGGCCGCCGAAACAUGUACGACCCGGAUGAGAUCGAGGACGAACAGCGCGAGCGCGAGCGCCAAAAGCAAAUCCAGAAGGAGUUUAGCCAUUUCGCCAAGCGCACGCAAGAGAUUUGGGAGCGGGAUUUCCCGCACCUCAACCUGGAGUUCGACUUGCCGUACAACGAGCUCGCUUUCCAGGGCGUCGCCUUCAAGUCCACCGCGCGUAUUUUACCGACGGCUUCGUGCUUGAUCGAACUCACCGAGUUCCCUCCACUCGUCAUCGCGGCGCAGGACAUCGAGGUCGUCAACCUCGAGCGCGUUGGGUUCCACCUGAAGAACUUUGACAUGGCCAUAGUCUUCCGUGAUUUCACUCGAGAGGUGCACCGCAUCGAUCAGAUCCCGACCACGUACCUCGAGAACAUCAAGCAGUGGCUCACCACGCUCGACAUCAAGUACUACGAGGGUAAGGCCAACCUUAACUGGAAGCCGUUGCUUCGACAAAUCAAGGAAGAUCCGGAUGGAUGGCUCGAAGCCGGAGGAUGGGAGUUCUUGAACAACGAAGCCACCGACAGCGAGGAGGAGGGCGAGGACGAAGCCGAGAGUGAAUUCGAGCCGAGUGGUUCUGAAUCCGAAGAAGAAUCCGAGGAAGAAUCUGACGACGACGAAAGCGUGUACGACUCCGACGAGGAGGACGGCGACGAAGACAUGUCCGAGGACGAAGAGGAAGGCUUGUCCUGGGACGAGCUCGAAGAGAAAGCCGCGCGCGAGGACGCCAACGCGAGCGACUCCGACGAUCGACCACGAAAGAAGAAGAGAUGA